AUGGCAUCAAGAUCUAAAUCGAGAAGUCGCGCUUCUGCGUCAAAGAAAAGUAAAAGCCCUGCCAAAAAGACACCAGCAAAGAAAAGAGCUCCAUCUAAAUCACCAGCUCGUACAAAAACUCCUGCUUCUGCUCCAGCUUCAAGAGGAAGAAGUCGUUCAGUUUCCCGAAAACCAACAAAAGAGGAAACUAAAGCUGUAAGUCUUAAUUUAUUUGCAAAUUAGGAACUCAACUAUUUUGCUUAUUUAUUGUUAAUUUGAGCGUAAAUAUGCUCUCACCAGAUGGCCUUCUUCUCUUUAUUUUUUGACACCAUUUGACAGAUAGAUCAUCGUGUUUUUCUCGAAGCGAGAAAAGUUGACCAAAAUGAUAAAUUGAGAAAAAAGACCUUGAAGUUGUCAACCUAUUUUUCAAUUUUCUAGACACCGAAACGUGCCCCAUCGAAGACAAGAGUCGCUUCAAGAUCGAGUUCGCGAUCACGUGCAUCAGUGAAGACUCCAGUUGUUAAAGAGCCUGUUGCUAAAUUGAUCAAAAAGACUCCAGCACAAGCAACACCAUCAGCUUCUGUAGGACGACCAAUCAAUUCAGGUCGAGCGAGAACUUUUGAACGAGCAGAUGAUUCAGUUGCAAGAACAUUGAGAAGUUUAACACAAUCCAGAGAACGACCACAAUCAGCAACACCAGCGGUAAGAAAUUAAAAAAAAGUAGGUAAAAUUAUUCAAUCUUAUUUUUUAAGGUUACUACUCAAUGUUGUGCAAAUAUCCGUGGAUUGCCCGCCUCAAUUUGCCGCCAUGUAUGUGCAUUCUCUUCAAAUGUCCAAACUAGAGCGAAAAACACAAAUAAAUAUCUUAAACGACGUUUCGGUGUAUGGUAUGGAGAAACUAUUGCUCUAUUUAUUGUAAUUGGACUCCUGGCCGUGGCUGUCAAUCAAAUUAUUCAAAAUGAUCCCGCAAAACUUCGAAUUUUUAUCACAAAUAAUAUCAAUAAAGCAAUCACAAAAACAGCAAACGCAUUCAACCAAGUCAAAGAUGCUAUUCAAUCGAAACCCAAUUAA